CAUCACGUGGGGUUCAUUUAAUUCUGGUAUCGCAACAGAUCAGUUUUUUGUACUCCUCAGCUUACUGAAUUGCAUUACUUUGAAGUGAUGCUGUCCGCAAAUCCAAUUAAUCAUGUCUCAUACCCCACUCUGCGAUCCGUAUUUUGGGCUAUAAAGCAGGCAUCUACAGCCAUACGCACGACACACUCCGGGACUUUCACGCAUCUGCCUACGAAGACAAAGAAUGUCCAUGGCAACCACAAAAUCAAGACAUACAUCUCCACAUUAAACGAUCCCUGGACAAACCUUGCGUUCGAAGAAUGGCUCUUUAGAAACUCGGAUCCGGAGACAUAUAUUUUGUUUCUAUAUCGGAAUUCAAGAUCAGUUAUAAUUGGUCGAAACCAGAACCCAUGGAAAGAGUGUAAUUUAAAACUUCUAGCAAGGGAUGGCGUACCAUUUGUGCGACGUAAGAGCGGAGGAGGAACCGUUUAUCAUGAUAUGGGAAAUACCAAUUACUCUAUCAUGAUGCCUAGAGAGGCCUUCGAUCGUCGGACUAAUGUGGAGCUAGUUUGUCGUGCUCUUCAAGAACUGGACAUACCAGCCGUUGUGAAUGAGCGCCACGAUAUUACCCUGGAUGGCAAAAAGAUUUCAGGUUCUGCAUUCAAGUUGAUCCAAAAGCGAGCUUAUCAUCAUGGAACCAUGCUCAUUGAUACCGAUCUUGGAUCAUUAGGACAAUAUCUUAAAGUAGACAGAUCCAACCUCACUACCAAAGGUGUUGCUUCUAUCCGAUCACCUGUAACACGUUUACGUGAGUACUCGUUCACGAUUGAUCACUUAUCAUUCUGCGAAGCAACGAAGGCAGAGUUUUUAAAGAAAUAUGCGUUUGAACAAUGGCGACAAAACCUGGAGGAAGACUUCAUCGUGGUGGACGAUGUAAUGAUCAAUGAAAUAGAAGACGUCAAGCUGAUCCGCGAUGAUAUGAAGACGUGGGAGUGGAUGUUCGGGCAAACGCCCGAAUUUACGUAUCGUCUUGAACAUGUCUUUUCCUGGGGAAUUGUUAAUAUUGUGAUUACAUCCAAAGAAGGAUUAAUUUGUAAAGUCAAUAUUGAUUCUAUGGACGACAGCAUUGGAGCACAGUCAUUAUCACUCACAGCACUAAGCGUCGGGAUGGAAGGCCAGCGAUACGAUAGACAGGGACUGGAUUUAGCAGUCGAGAGAAUCAAGAAUGAAGCACCAGAAGUCUUUUCACAGCAUAGCGCUAUAGAAAUGAUCAGAGACGUUGUCAAUUGGCUUAAAGAACAACUUUAGAACUUUAGAUUGCUAUUAGAUCUUUACAGCCUGUGAUAAUCUCUUUCAAAAUAAAUGCUUUAGACAAGAAUAAAAC